UAAUCAUCCUCUCAUCCGAGGCGAAUGGCGAAAUCAGUGAAGACCAAAUGUCAGAUCAUUCUCACUCGCAUCACGACGAGUCAAGUUCAAUAGUUGAAUUGACGAAAAGUUAUGCUACAUCAGAUAAUCAAAUCUUGCUAUGGCUACAUAUUAUAUGUAUGUCAGUCGCAUUUGUUGGACUAUUUCCCGUUGGGAUGAUGCUAGGUAUAUCUCGCUCGAGAUGGCACCCAUUCUUCCAGACAAUAGGCAUGAUAACGGCCACUCUUGGUUACGUCUUUAUUCUCGGUUUUAGAUCACAAUCGCUUUACCCGAAUAACUUUCAUCGCAAAUUUGGUUACAUUAUCAUGUGCGUCGUCAUAAUUCAAUCCGUAUUCGGCCUAAUCAGAUACAUUUUCAAACCAAAAGAUGCAGAGAGUCAAGGAUUCUCUCCGAUUGAAUCAAAUGAUUCUUCGCGCGAGAAUUCUAUAUACGCAGACAUGCCCGGAUCAGCUAGCAGUUAUCAGUCGGAAUUGUCUCAAAAAUUACUUGGCAACAGAGACUCUAUAGACAUAGAGUCGACCGAGAUGAAUGGGCCUCCUAAUAUGGCUUGCAAAAUGAGAUCAACGUUUGAGAAUUUACUUCCCUCAAAGAUCCUAGCUAUGUUAUCUCACGGAUCGUGGUAUUAUAUACAUAAAGUAAUCGGUCGAAUGCUUAUUCUAUUGACAUGGACUCAGAUUAUUCUAGGAUUUGUGACAUACACUGGUACUUGUCAGGGAGAACCUAUGGGGAAUUGCUUGGCUCAUUACAUCAAGGGAUCGUUAUUCGUAUGGUUUGGUAUUUUGACAUUUGCGAGAUAUCUUGGAUGUUGGGCUGAAUAUGGAUGGGCAUGGAACGACGUCGCUCCUGAAAAGAACGUAGUUUCGUUCUCUCUACUUGAAGCGUCUAUUGUGUUUGCAUAUGGAAUAACUAAUACAUUCCUUGAGCAUACGGGGAAGAGCGCAGAGUGGAAUCAUCGUGACCUGCAGCAUGCAUCAUUAGCAUUCAUGUGGUGGUGGGCUGGUGCGUGUGCUAUUCUACUUGAAAGCAAGCGUAUACGCAAAAUAAUAUCGCGAAGUUUCAAUAUACCCUUUACAUCGACAACGUCAUCACCCGUCUUUAACCCGGUUGUGGCCCUCGUCUUCAUAGCAACUGGUAUUUCAAUGGGGUCGCAUCAUCAGACAAGUGAAUUCUCCAUCAAGGUUCACCAACAGUUUGCGACCUUCCUCGUCUUUGGUGGACUGGCCCGCGUUGCUACAAUUAUUUUCCAAAGCAUAUCCAAACGAGAUUCCCAGACUAGAUAUGCCCCUUCCAGACCACCGACAGAAGUAGUUGCAGCAUUCUGUAUAAUCGCGGCCGGAUUCACAUUAAUGGUCGCUAAUAAGGACUUGGUCAAAUUGUUAGAUGUCACGUUAGGAUUUGAUCCCAAUUUUGUUUUCAAUUUGGUGGUCGCUUGUACAUUCUUUAUACUUUCGUACGAGAUCGUGUUAUUGACGAUUAGAAAUUUGAGUAAUAAUUAG